AGAGACUUUGUUGGGAGCGCCCCCGCAACGAAGGGGCGUCUCAGCCCGGCAGCAUGGGCAUCCACGGAUUAAUGAGCUACGUAGGGGAACACAGAGAGUUCUUUGUUGACCUGCAGUUGAGGGACACCAGUAUAGUAAUUGACGGAAAUAAUCUGUACCAUCGCCUUUACUUUGAUUCCAACCUGGACAUGCGGCACGGAGGGGAUUACGAUUCGUUUGCAGAUGUUGCCCGCAAGUUUUUUGAAACGCUGACUCUGUGCAACAUCCGGCCGUACGUCGUGCUAGAUGGAGGGUGCGAUGCGUCUGACAAAAAGCUUGCAACCAUCAAGGAAAGAGCUCGGGAGAAGAUCCUGCAAGCCUAUUGUCUCUCCUGUGGCGGCUGUGGUGGCAGUGUACUGCCUUUGCUCAUUAGAGAAGUCUUCAAGCAGAUCUUGACCAGCUUGCGAGUGCCUUUCGUCCAGUCUUUUUCGGAAGCGGACAGGGACAUUGUGUCACUAGCCAAUCACUUGAAUUGCCCGGUGUUAACUUUAGAUAGCGACUUUUGCAUCUUUGACCUGAAAGCCGGCUAUUGUCCUCUGAAUUACUUUCAGUGGAGAAGCCUGCCCUCGUGCAAAGACUCGCAAGACUGCUACAUCCCAGCACGCCGCUUCUCGUUAGAGAGGUUUUGUGGCCAUUUCAGCAAUAUGAACAAAACCCUCCUGCCUCUCUUUGCGGUGAUGAAUGGCAAUGAUUAUAUUAACCUGCCGGCUAUAGAAAUGUUCUUUAGCAAGGUACGCCUUCCCGUCGGAAGCUCCAGGCAGAAAUGUCAAAAGCACGUCCGCAUUCAGGGGUUGCUGCAUUGGCUGUCUCGCUUUGCUGAUCCUGCCGAGGCUAUAGAAAACGUACUGAAGUAUGUUAACAAGCACGAAAAAGAGGAGACAAGGCAGCUUCUCUGUACUUUCAUGGAAGAAUACGAACCGUCCAGUGUCAAUCUCCAGGAUUUUUUCCAGAGUGGAGUUUAUGAGUCGGAGGAAGCCAAGAAAUCGGAGUUGCCUCCGUGGAUUCUUACUGCGUUAGCAAAAGGCCUUAUAGCACCAUUCAUCAGUGAUGCCCUGAUAUUAAAACGAACAAUUCUCCACGUUCAGGUAGAAAAUAUGCAAAGGCCUAGCGCUCAUGUUACAUCUCUAUCAAUUCGACAAAUCAUCUAUGGAUUACUUCUGGGCGUUUCGCAGCGUUCGGUCAGUACCUCCUCGGGGAAAGCGCCCACUCGUGUUUUCCAUGAAUUUGACAGAAUACAAAGAGCACUCAAGAAAUCGUUCGUCCAAGCGGCAGCGUUGCCCGGACAUUUUUGUAGCGACCAGUACUCUCUGAAUACGUUAAGCGAGGUUCCCUUAGCAGACCGUCUGAUACUUUUGUUGGAGACAUUGGGAGUGACAGGCAGCAUCCUGGAGCCUGUUCCUUGUCACCUGUGGCUUCCUCUGGCCGUGACUUGUUACUGGACGCAGUAUUCAGAACCCAAAGCGAAGUUACAGCACACGAAAGCCUUACUACUUGGAGUCGUAGUUGGGGAACUUGAUAAAGUGAUACAUAGUCCAGAUCCCAAGUGCCCACUAACUGAGAUCAAUAAAAUUGUGUACGAACAGUUCUUGAAAUGGAAAAAAGAUACAUCUCAGAAAGAAGCAAUGGAAUUAGAUGCUGCCCACAUUUUCUGCCAGUGGCAGUGCUGCCUUCAGAUGGGAUUGUAUCUCAACCAACUGCUUUGUAGUCCUCUCCUUGAGCCAGAUCUUACACGGCUUUACAAUGGGACCCUGGUUCACAGACUGUAUCGUGAGCUUAAAUCAACAUCCUCACCAGAGAACCUGCUCAGUGCAUCUCCAAAAAUGUACCAGCUUUAUAGCAACAUGAUACAUAUAGUGAAAGAUGUAGCACCGCCAGGCUUCUUCCAGAAAAAGAAGAAACCCAAAUCGCAUAGGAAAAAGAACAAUCAAACCACUGAUCAAGGGCUGGAUAAAAGAGAAGGCGCCAUGUUGGAAACGCUGCCUUCAUGCAGUAUUAACAACAGAUUUGAAGCAUUAACGGUGGAGAACUGAAAGCCCAGUCUGUGUAUCCUUUGCAUUGAAAACUUCAGAAGUCCUCUCUCAAAAUGAGUCUUCAAGAAACAAUGAUAGGAAUCAUAUGGUGCUAUUAUGCUUGAUUUGCUGGCCAGUUAAGGUUGGUCUAAGUUAGAGGGGGGAAAGUCUUAUUACCUUUGAGUAGUACUAUUGCAGUGAGUAGUCUGAGCGACUAGUGGAUUUACAGUGUAUUUUGUGCACAUCCAAAUCCUCACUAUACCCUUCCCCCUCUAUGGCCAAUGACAAAUCCCUGAAAACUGACAAAUACACAUUGCUCACUCAAUAGUUUUUA